GAGAGAAAAACAAACAUGGGGCGGCCACGUGGGCGGAGCCGAGCGCGGGACCCGCCCCGGCCCCUGCCCCCAGCCUCGCUGAGCCCGGCCCCGCCCCGCCCCCAGCGCCCCCCCCAGCGCCGCCCCCGCCCUCCCCACUGCCGCAGCCGCCGGCCCCGCUCCCUGGCCGCAGACGACCCGCAGCAGGGUCCCCGCCCGGCCAUGCUGCUGGGGGACGAGAUCAGCGCCGGGGACCGGCUGAGCGGAGCCGCCGCCCGGGGGGACCUGGCCGAGCUGCGCCGCGUCCUGCACCAGGAGCUGGUUCAUCCCGACUCGCACAACCGCUUCGGCAAGACGGCGCUGCAGGUGAUGAUGUUCGGCAACACGUUUGUGGCAGAGGAGCUGCUGAAGCAGGGCGCCAGCCCCAACAUCCAGGACGAGGCCGGCCGGGCGCCCGCCCACGACGCGCGCACCGGCUUCCUGGAUACCCUGCGUGUGUUGGUGGAGCAUGGGGCCGACGUCAACGUGCCCGAUGGGGCGGGGGCGCUGCCCGUCCACGUGGCCGUCCGGGAGGGGCACAUGGAGGUGGUGCGGUACCUGGCGCCCGAGUCCAACCUGCGGCACCGUGACGCCGAGGGGCGCACCCCCCUGGAGCUCGCCCGUCACCUGGGCCUCUCGCACCUUGAGGCCAUCCUGGAGCAGCACCUCUCUGCCCCCGCGUAACACCUUCCUGGGCAGGAGGUGGGUGGCACUGCUCCUCCUGGGACAUCCCCAGUCCUGCCGUUGCACCCGCCCCAGAGGGACUUGCCUGCCCCCUCCCGUCCUAAUUCCCGGCCCGUGUAAAGGCAGCUCCCUGCCCCCCACCUACCUCAGAGUUCGUCUUUAACUUUCACUGUUGUUUCUAUUUAUAUUUUUUGUGGGUGCUUUUCUCCCCUCCUAGGAUGUUCCCGAGUGAGGGGGGCUUCUCCCCACCCCGUCCUCCUUGCCGUGGGUGCUUCCCCCUCCCUCCCGGAUUGCUGACCUGUGUGUGUAUGUGAGGGGAAGCCUGGUUUUGCUGCCCAUGAUUCAAACUCGGAUCCCUGGGCGGCUUGCUAACCUUGCAGCCAGGAGGAGUGCCUGCCAUGCAGCGAAGACUGUCUGUGGUGUGGGGAGGGCACGGUGACACAACGGUGCUUCAGUUGCAAAGCCGGACCUUCCCUGCCCCCUCCCACUUCAGUGCAAAGCAGUGCGGGGGUUGUGUGGCUCCCUAGGAGAGCGCUCCAUGCACAGGGCCCUCUGGUCUCUCCCCACCCCCAUAUCUGCCCGUCCCCCUGCCUUGUACAGUGUUAUUUUGUGAGUGUCCGUUUUGCAUUGAACCCAGCCGGGAGGGGCGGGGGUUGGUGGGGGGCACUGGGAACUGCGGCAUGCAAAGGGUUAAUGGGACCAAGCUGAUGAGAGGGACAGGAGGUUAGAGCCCAGGGGGCUGGACUUGAGUUGGAGCUAUGGGGCAAAUACCCAGGUCUAGGGCCGGCCAGCAUUUGGGAUCCCCCAUGGCAACGCAUAGGGCUGCUAUUAAAGAGGGCGUCCCACUGGCAAGAGCCUCAUGUUGCCCAUGGGAUUCCACACCCCGUCCCAGCUCCCAGAUCAGCUCUGUGCCUCCCGCCCCUCCUUGGUCCAGGCUGCCCUAGAGACUACACAUCCCAGCAUGCAAUGCAGCUCACGCUGGCCUCUGUGGUCUUGCCAAGCCACGCUCCAGCCAUGGUUUGGGGGAUGGUGGCUGGUGUUUUCCCUCCUCUGCUAGGCCCCUUGGGGACGGGCGAGCAGUGUCCCUUCCCCCCGAGCGCCCGUGUGUUUGAAACAGAAUUGUCUUUGCGUUGAAAACGUUUGAGCUUGAUUCUUCCGGCAGCAGCCUCUUCCCGGGAUGAAUUGGUGGAUCUGUGCUGUGUAUAUAGUGGUUUUUUUAAAACAGAGAAAAGAUUAAACCAGAUUCUAUUUAUUGUGCUUUGGAGAAAAUGUUGGGGGAUAAUUUAAUGUUUUUAACCAUUAAAUUAAUAUUUGUGGAUUAUGAA